AAUGACUCCAAUUGUUAGGGCGGAGAGACAUGUAAUUUUGUCAGUAUACCCAUAAUCUUUGCUGUAACAUAGUUAGAACAAUUCCAUCACGGACACUGUAUCCAGUUUCACUAUUUGCCACAAAGUCAAAAUUGUCUAGGCCUACAGUAUAUCAAAACAAUUCAUGAAAACAAAAUUGUGCUUUUUGGUCUUCAUUUAAUGUUAGGAUUAAGGUUAGUAGUGUGGUUAAGGUUAGGGUUGUGUAAUCAUAUUUAAAUAAGAUAAAUUGUAGUCAUAUGCGGGGUUUAUGACUUUGUGGCUGUGUUAACUUGGGAACCAGGUUCCGGUGACGCUAGCAAUCUGAUUGGUUGGUCGCACUCACACAAGAGCACCACGGCGCAAGCGAGUCUAUGAUAUGGGACGAAGAAAACGGUCAUUGCCUGUUCAGCAGGAAAAAAAUGAGGAUUUGGAGGCAAAACAUGCACGAAUUGAGGAAUCUGAUGGUUGGACGGGUGUCAAUGAGCACAGCUUCAUAGCUGUGAAACCGGAUGGUGUGCACCGGAGGCUAGUGGGAGAGAUCAUCCGGGGCUUUGAGAAAAAGGGCUUCAGAUUGGUGGGAAUGAAACUAGUCCAGGCGUCCGAGGAUCUCCUGAGAGAGCACUACAGGGACCUGAGAGACAAACCCUUCUUCAAUGGAUUGGUGCGCAACAUGAGCUCUGGACCCAUCGUUGCCAUGGUGUGGCAAGGUCUGGAUGUGGUGAAGAUGUCUCGCAAGAUGCUGGGGGAGACCAACCCGGCAGACUCCCUACCAGGAACCAUCAGAGGAGACUACUGUUUGGAAGUGGGCAGGAAUGUGAUCCAUGGCAGUGACUCUGUGGAGAGCGCUCAGAGAGAGAUCUCUCUGUGGUUCAGGCAGAAUGAGCUACAGUGCUGGGAGGACAGCAGCGGACACUGGAUCUAUGAGUGACACACACACACCACUUGUAGACCACCCAAGUGCCUUCAGAAACUAUUCAUACCCCUUUACUUUUUCCACAUUUUGUUUUUCCAAGCGGGAUUAAAAUAGAUUUAGUUGUCAUUU